AUGCCUUUCCAGUGCGACGCCGCAAAGCCGACAUGCAGCCAAUGUAGGAGAGCCGGCCGCAAGUGUUCGGGAUAUCGAAAUCUGGAUGAGUUACGAUUGGUUGACCAGUCUACUGAGGUGUCCUCGAAGGUGAGGAAGUCCAAGCGGAAGACGGCCCAGCCUCCUUUGGGCUAUGAAGUCGAGUCCUCGCCGUCGUCGAGUUCCGCCACUUCGGAGGAGUUAGUUGAGGUCAACUCCGUCGUGAGCGCGUUCCCGACGGCAUCGUUCUGGUUGGAGGGCAAUGCCAAGAACAUCUUCUUCCAGCAGUAUACCUGCGGGCCUGAUAAAUCGGAGCUCGACUUCGCCAACUCGGUGUACAGGUCGCGGCAGACCACAGGGAUGCUUGAGAGCAUCAUAACCGCCUUAGGUUUGGUUGCCUUGCCCAAGGAAAAUAGGAACAUGGCGAUGAUGAACCUGGCCUCUCGGAAGUAUCUGUCUGCUCUGCAGCAAACACAGACUGCAUUGCUAGAACCGAGGCGAGCGAAAAGCGAUGAGACGCUGGCCACUGUGCUUUUGCUAGGUUUACAUGAGCUCGUGGCUGUUGAUGACCACCCAUCAGAUCGCAGUCGUUUAUCAGUCCACCUCAACGGCGCCAUCAAGUUGCUCGAGUUGCGCGGUGAUCACCAACUCACGAGCUUUUGCAACAGCCGGAUGUACGACCGAGCCUGUACACAAAUAAUGUACACGAGCAUUAUGUCUCGCCGACCGAUGCCGUCUGCCAUGCUGAAGGUAUCCAGAGGCCUUCGACAUCAGAUGCACCAGGAGGAGAUUUCCGGCGCCGACCUGCUGGAGAUGUCGGCGCGUUUGUGUUUGGCGCUUAACGCGGUAGACCGAGCAGCGACUAUCGAGGACCACGUCAGCAUCUUUCACGCCCUGGUCGCGCUCGAGAAUGAGAUUGUCGCGUGGGAGAACAGUCUUUCGUGGCGGUUCGACGUCUCGAAGCAACCAAUCGAGAACCCCGACAAGAGCUUCCUCAGAUUCCAGGAGAGCUACCUCAACCGGCUGGCAGGCUCAUCGCGGAAUAGAUAUCGCUGUGUCCGAAUAGUCAUCAACGAAGAGAUCGUUCGUCUCGCCGAGACACAUCCACAGAUCCUAGACCUGGCAGGCGCAGACGCACCCUUCACCGUCGAGCGUGCGAAGGCGACGAUUCUCUCCAUGUCUCAGGAAAUCUGCCAGAGCGUGCCGUACUUCCUUGGACAAGACUCGUGUCGUGACUGGCGAGAGGAGUCGUUGGAUCCGCCCACGAUGUUUGGAGGCUCGGCCAUGUUGAUGCCUCUCUAUUUCGCUGCCAACCCGAAACGUAUAUCCCCUGCCAUGCAUCAGUGGCUACUUCAGCAGGUGUCGCGCAUUGGUAGGGAGACUGGCCUUUCGAAAGUUGGUGAGAUGUUUGCGGAUCGGGGUGUUGUUGAGUUGACGUGA